AUGGCGCUCUUCAAUAUCAAUCCCUAUCCACUGGGCUGCCUCGCAGCCGGUGCUCUCUUCCUCUCAAUCGUCGUUAUUCGCUACCUUCGUGGACCCUCGCUCAAGAACAUCCGCGGACCACCGCGCACGUCUUUUUGGUUGGGUAAUCAGGCCGACUUGAAAUAUCAGGAAGAAGUUGGCGACGUGGAAUUUCAAUGGCUCAGGGAGUUUGGUGGCGCCUGGAAGGCGCACGGCGGUCUCGGUACGGAUCGUCUCAUGCUUGCAGAUGCAAAAGGGCUGCAGUACGUUCUUCAAACUUCCGGAUAUCGUUACCCCAAGGCUGCUGCAGCGCGCGGCGAGCUACGUGCAUUUCUUGGCGACGGGAUCAUCUGGGUUGAAGGUGAACAGCAUCGUCGUCACAGGAAGAUCAUGAACCCAGCCUUUUCUGUCCCACAACUCAAGUCCUUCGUGCCACUUUUUCUUGGUUACGCGGAGAAGCUUGUACGAAAGUGGCAGGAAGAGGAGAUCACUCCCGGGAUCGGCGCCAUUGAACCCGUCAUCAACGUUCAUUCAUGGCUCUCCCGAACCACGCUCGAUGUUAUUGGUGACGCGGGCCUCGGAUUUCAAUUUGGUUCUCUGGACAAUGCCAGUAGCGAGCUUAGUAAAGCCUAUGAGGGACUUUUUAUCGACGGGAUGCUACACCCUGCACGCUGGUAUCUGGUCUUUCGCACGAUCACAAAGUAUAUCCCGCCCGAUGUGCUCUGGUUCAUGCGCUAUCUGCCCAAUCGCGAGGCCCGCCGUUUUCGGGUCUAUCUGGAUUACAUCCGCAGGUUCGGCCGCACGCUCAUCGCGCAGUCCCAGGUCGACACUGAGGCGGCGGCGAAGGAUGUGAUGAGCGUGUUGCUACGUGCAAACGGGGCGGAAGAUCCGAAGCUCAAGCUCAGCGACCUGGAGCUCGUUGACCAAAUCUCUGAUAUCAUCAUUGCCGGACACGAUACGACAUCUUCAUCCUUGACUUACUGGCUUUGGGAGCUUGCGCGUUACCCGGCAUGGCAGACGCGCGUUCGUGACGAAAUCCGCGCGGCACGUCGUAAACUGACCGACCGCGGCGAAUCCGGGUUUUCUCUUGCUGAUCUCGAGGGCAUGUCGGUCAUGCAAAUGACACUGAAGGAGGCUUUGCGACUUCACCCAAUCGUUGGGAUGAUCGAGCGGGAGGCGGGCCAAGACGACGUGAUACCCCUCGCGCACCCGAUCAAGAGCGUGUCGGGAGAGUUGAUAUCCUCCAUUCCGGUUCAGAAAGGCCAGCUCGUUGAUAUAUGUAUAGCCGCAUACCAGCGCAACCCUGAGGUAUGGGGCCCCGACGCAAACGAGUGGAACCCGGAUCGUUUCACGACUCUCAGCAAGAAGGACCUGACGUCCGUCGGACUGUACGCGAACCUGCUCGUCUUCUCCGCUGGGGUCCGUGCAUGUAUCGGAUGGAGAUUCGCCGUUCUCGAAAUGCAGGCCAUCGCUGCGACGCUCGUCGAGAACUUUGAGUUUGCGCUUCCCCCGCAGACGAAGGAGAAUAUUAUCAGGCGCACGCCGACGCCAGGCAUGCCCCCCAUGGCAGAUGGUCACCACGGCGCCUGGAUGGGGUUGAAGGUCAAGUACUGUGGAGAGUCGUAG